AUGGGUCCGAUUCCGUCGGGCGUUCCCAACACGAACCUCUACCUCCUGCCCAACAACGACCUCGGCGCGAAAUGCCUUGACGGCAGUCCCCCGGGUUACUACUUCCGCGCGGGCAGCGGCAGCGGAGCCAAGUCGUGGCACAUCCACCUGCCCAUCGGCGGGUGGUGCGCGACCAUGGAGGACUGCGCGGACCGCGCGAAGACUCCGCUGGGGAGCACCCGCAUGCAGGCGGACAAGAACUGGCGGUGGUCGAAGUUUCUCAGCAAGGGGAUGAUGAGCCCGCUGGCCAAGACUAAUCCGUUGUUCUUUAAUUGGAACUAUGUCAUGCCCGUGUAUUGCGACGGAGGGGGGUUUCAAGGGAAGGCGGGGUUGAGAUCGGUCGCUGGCGGUCCGUCGCUGUACCUCGACGGUCGAAAGGUUCUCCGUGCGAUUCUUAGAGAUGUCCUGGCGACACGUGGCAUGUCGUCAGCCUCGGAGGUGCUUAUAUCGGGAGCAUCGGCGGGCGCGCAGGCAGUGACGACCUUUUGUGACUUUAUCGCGGCGCAGCUGUCGGGCGCUACCACCAAGUGCCUCAUGGACUCGGGCGUGUUCAUCGACGCGCGCGACCGCAAGGGCGGGCGGAGGUUCCGCUCAGUGGCACAGAAGCUGGUGGCGAUACACCAAUUCCAGGGGAGCGACCGCUGCAGUGCUGAGUACAACUCCAGCACCCAGUGGCGCUGCUUCUUCCCGCAGUACUCCCUGCGCUUCGUCUCCCGCCCCGUCUUCAUCGCCAACUCCCUCUUCGACCGCCACGCCGCAGUCAUCGGUAACCAGAUGCCGCUCGAUUUCACCUACGCUGACACGUGCCUAACUCAAUUCCUUACCUACCAGUAG